AUGGUAUCUGGGUCUGGUAACGAUAUAGAAUCGAACCAGGGACCUUCAGACCUGAAGACUCCGCCCAAGGAGGCGGGGCGAAGACUGGCCGCCAUGUCGCUGGACAUGCAACCAUGUAAAGCAACCAUGCAACCGGGCAACCGGCGCGGCGCCACAACCACGGCAUGCUGUAGACGACAAGAGUUUUUCUUUGAUCUUUUGGAAGAUGGAAGGAUAAAGAAUCAAAAUUCACCAGUACUUCAGAACACAAAGCUCGGCUGGAUAGUUGGAGGCAAAGUACACCAUCAAAAGUCAUCAACUGAAACGUCUUGUCAUCUAACUACACUGGAAAGCCUUGAUAAGAAUAUUCAAGCAUUCUGGAAAAUUGAAGAAGAACCUAUAAAAAAGGCGACAAUGACAUCAGAAAAUAAACUAUGUGAAGAAAUGUAUGACAAUUCAGUUCAAAGAGGCGAUGAUGGGCGCUACACUGUCAAAAUGCCUCUGAAGCAAGAUCCAAGUUCCUUAGGAGAUUCCAAAGAAUUAGCAAUCAAACGAUUUUAUCAAGUUGAAAGACGAUUAAAAAAUAACAGUGAACUGCAAAAACAAUACAAAUCCUUCAUGCAUGAAUAUGAGGAACUUGGACACAUGGAAAAGGUUACUGCAAAUGAAACUGACAAACCAGUGUAUUAUUUAUCCCACCAUCCAGUUAUUAAGGAAGCCAGUUCAACAACUAAAUUAAGAGUAGUUUUCGAUGCUUCAGCAAAAACUACAACAGGGAUAUCUCUGAAUGACUCGCUUAUGGUUGGUCCGACUCUUCAAGAUGAUUUAUUUUCUAUCCUAUUGAGAUUCAGGAUUCACACUUACGUUCUGACAGCAGACAUAGAGAAGAUGUAUCGACAAAUCUGGAUCCAUCCAAGUCAACGAGACAUGCUAAGAAUCCUUUGGAGAGAAGACAACUCAAAACCUGUCCUCAUUUACAGGCUCAAUACAGUUACGUAUGGAACAGCAUGUGCUCCUUACUUAGCAAUCAAAACUAUUCAACAAUUGGCUCAAGAUGAAAGAUCACAAUAUCCACAAGCUUCCAAUGUAGUGAUGAAAGACUUUUAUGUGGAUGAUGUAUUGACAGGAACAGACGACAUUAAUGAAGCAAGGGUAUUAAGAGAUCAACUGGUCGGUAUGUUAAAGUGUGGUGGCUUCAAUUUGCGAAAGUUUAACAGCAACAGUAACGCACUUUUAGCAGAGCUUCCAGAUGAUAUUGUGGAAAGAAAAGCACAUAAACUUCCCAACUCUAAUGAUAGCACAAUCAAGACCUUAGGCAUUUUUUGGGAUGCAGAAUCUGACAAAAUAAAGUACAAGUACAUGUUAUCAACAGACAAUAAGGCAGCUUCUACAAGUGUAACAAAGCGAACUGUGCUCUCAGACAUAGCAAAACUGUUUGAUCCUUUAGGAAUCAUUUCUCCAAUUAUAAUAAAUGCUAAAAUACUCAUGCAAGACCUGUGGAAACAAAAUAUGAAAUGGGACGAUGUACUCCCAGAACAAUUACACAAGAGAUUGCUACAAUUCAAACAGGAUUUAACUUUGCUCAGCAAUUUUAAUGUAUCAAGAUGUGUAAGAAUGAUCCAAACAGAGGGAACUUUUGAACUUCAUGGUUUUUCAGAUGCUUCUGAAAAGGCAUAUGGAGCAGCAAUUUACUUGAGACACGAACUAAGCGAUGGAACUGCUAAAACUACUCUUCUCUGUUCAAAAUCUCGUGUAACACCACUGAAAACACAGUCACUUCCAAGAUUGGAAUUAUGGGGAGCUCUACUCCUAACUGAGUUAAUGUCAAAUGUCAAAACCGCUCUUAUCAACAAACAUAUUGAAAGGGUUACAUACUGGACGGACUCUACAAUUGUUUUAUCCUGGUUAAAUGCAGAAGCAGCAUGCUGGAAAACAUUCAUUGCAAAUCGUAUUGCAAAGAUCCAGGAUCUAAGUGAUUAUAAAGAUUGGAGACAUGUGCCAAGUCAAGACAACCCCGCAGAUCUCGUAUCCAGAGGUUUAACAGUCGACGAAAUCAUAAGAUCUGAUUUGUGGAAUUCAGGGCCAUAUUGGUUAUCGUUAGAACCUUGCAACUGGCCAAUUACUUCCAUUCAACUGACAUUCCAGAAAGAAGAAAGUCCACAGUUUCUGCUGCAAUAG